AUGGUUUUGCCAACGUAUUUCUUAGUUUUUGCAAUCAUAACGGCCAUUAUGUGUGCGACAAGUGUGCUGUUGAAUAGUCUUGUUUGUGUUGUGUUCUAUAGAAAGAGACAGCUUCUAAAUGCUCCUGAUAUCUUCAUCGCUAGCGUGGCGCUUUGCGAUUUGUUUAACUCGAUUACUACUUUGCCAUUGAUUUUCGUUACAAAUACCCAAGGACGAUGGAUUUAUGGGGACAGCGGAUGCAAAAUAAUCGGGUUCAUUGCUACAUGGAACGGUUUGACUUCAUUGAUGAAUCUGUCAGCCGCCUCAUACGAAAGAUAUCAUGCACUAGUUUUCCUCCACAAGAAGAACCCAACUUUCUCAAGGAGAAAAGCAGUUUGUUUUUCAUCUGCUAUGUGGAUGUACGCUUUGUUCUGGAGUCUAAUGCCUUUGUUUGGCUGGUCAGGGUUUGAAAAAGAAGGAAUCGGGACAAGUUGUUCAGUUAGAUGGAAGUCACAAACUAAGCUAGAUGUCUCAUAUAACAUUUGUUUGAUAUUGGCUUGCUUUGUGUUCCCAGUAAGCGUCAUAGUCGUCUGUUAUUACAAAACCUGUCGCGAGAUAAACAGAACGGCAAGGCGAGCGAAAACGACGUGGGGAAUAACAUCACCCUUUACAAGAAAAACAUUCGAAAUAGAGAGAAAGAUGGUCAUUUUGUUUGGCUUAAUGACCGUGGCUUUUCUCGUGGCCUGGACACCAUAUGCUGUUGUAUCUAUUAUUUCCAUGAUCUGUGGACCUGACGUCAUCAGUGACAUCACAGCAUCUAUACCAGCAUACUUUGCCAAAUCAUCAAACUGUUACAAUCCUGUUCUUUACUUUUUUCUGUACAAAAGAACGCGACGACAGGUUCGUUUUAUGGCAUGUGUUCGUAAGGAACAGAAUAAAUAUCUAGCCACGAUCAGUAAUUCUGGCGGCACUCUGAGCUGA